UAUAAUGGAAACUUUUCAUCAAUAUGUACAACACUGUAUUGUUUAAGCCCUUCGUCGUCCACCUGCUACGGAGAGACGGCGUCAGAUGGAACAUUGUGCGGCAAUCAUAAGUGGUGUAUAUCAGGCGUUUGUACCUCAGAUGUAAAUGCACCCGCAGGUGAUGAAUCUUGUUUAUAUGGAGAUAAGCCAGGAGCAGUAUUCUCCAACGGCUGGACAUGUGCAGAUAUGGUGACAAACGCUCCAAAUAACUGUCCUAAUAAUGCCAUAACUUGUUGUUAUUCUUGCGCCCCAUAUUUACCAACUACAACUGCCUCACAAUCUUCGUCAACUUUAAGCACUUUAGAAACAACUAGUGCCAUGCCACUUGUGUCCACUAGCAGUGUGCCAAACCAAUCUCCGGACGCAGAUUCACAAUGUGAAAGUAAUCGUGGAGCUGGAUCCUUCAUGUGCAGGGGAUUGUAUAGUGGAAACUUUUCAUCCAUAUGUACAACGCUGUGGUGUUCAAAUCCAUCAUCUAAUUCAUCCACCUGUUACGGACAGACAGCCUCAGAUGGAACAUUGUGCGGCAAUCAUAAGUGGUGUAUGUCAGGAGUGUGCACCUCAGAUGUUAAUGCACCCUCAGGCGAUGAAUCUUGUUUAUAUGGAGAUAAGUUAGGACCAGUAUUUACCAAUGGUUGGACAUGUGCAGAUAUGGUGACAAAUGCUCCAAAUAACUGUCCUAAUAAUGCCAUAACUUGUUGUUAUUCUUGCGCUCCAUACUUAACAACUACAACUACCUUAUCAUCUUCGACAACGGUAACUACUUUAGAGACAACUAGUGCCUUGCCACCUGCGUCAACAAGCAGCGUACCACUCCAAGCUCUGGAUGUAGAUUCACAAUGUGAAAGUAAUCGUGGCGCUGGAUCAUUCAUGUGCCGGGGACCAUACAACGGUGACUUUACUUCUAUUUGUACAAACUUAUGGUGUGCAAAUCCUACGAAUACGUCUAGUUGUCUGUCAGCUACAGUCACAGAUGGAACGCUGUGUGGAAAUAACAAGUGGUGUUUGUCUGGUGUAUGUACAACAGAUUCAUCAGCGCCUUUGGGCGAUGAAUCCUGUUUGUAUGGAGAUAGAUUGGGACCAAUAUUUACAAACGGCUGGUCAUGUUCAGAUAUGGUAGCGAACUCUCCGAAUUACUGUUCGCUCGUACCAGUUGAUUGUUGUUAUUCAUGCGCGCCAUAUUUAAUGAUACCAACAUCGUCACAAUUAUAUAGUACAACUUAUCCACAAGACACAGCUACUUACGGUGCUAGUUUAAGUGACCAAAUGCAACCAACUACAUCUGGUAACAUACCACAUGCGUCCAGCAGUAAUAUGCCGCCAAGUAGUCACAUGGUACCAUCUUCAAGUAGUUAUGCUCCACUGCACUCAAGUUAUGUUGGUACAACCUUUUCCAAUGGUGAUAUGCCACAUGCGUCUAGCAGUAAUAUACCACCUCCGUCUAGCAGUAAUAUGCCACAUGCAUCCAGCAGUAAUGUGCCACAUCUGUUUAGCAGUUAUAUGCAACAUCUGUCCAGCAGUAAUAUGCCACACCCGUCAAGUAGUAAUAUGCCACCAAGUGUUCACAUGUUACCAUCUUCAAAUAAUUAUGCUUCACUACACUCAAAUUAUGAUGGACCACCUUUUUCCAAUGGUAAUAUGCCACAUGCGUCUAGCAGUAUUACACCACCUCCGUCUAGCAGUAAUAUGCCACACCCGUCAAACAGUAAUAUGCCACCAAGUAGUCACAUUUUACCAUCUGCAAGUAGUUAUGCUCCACUACACUCAAGUUAUGAUGAAACAACCUUUUCCAAUGGUAAUAUGCCACAUGCGUCUAGCAGUACUACACCAUCUCCGUCUAGCAGGAAUAUGCCACACCCGUCAAGCAGUAAUAUGCCACCAAGUAGUCACAUGUUACCAUCUUCAAGUAGUUAUGCUCCACUACACUCAAGUUAUGAUGGAACAACCUUUUCCAAUGGUAAUAUGCCACAUGCGUCUAGCAGUAAUAUACCACCUCCGUCUAGCAGUAAUAUGCCAUUUCCGUCUAGCAGUAAUACACCGGUUCCGUCAAGCAGUAAUAUGCAACCAAGUAGUUCCAUGUUACCAUCCUCCAGUAAUUAUGCUCCAGUACACUCAAGUUAUGAUGACACGACCUUUUCAAAUGAUAAUUUGCCACAUGUGUCAAGCAGUAAUAUGCCACAGCCGUCUAGCAGUAAUAUGCCACAAUCGUCCAGCGGUAAUUUACCACAUAUGUCUAGCAGUUAUAUGCCGCUUCCAUCAAGCAGUAAUAUGCAACCAAACAGUCCCAUGUUACCAUCCUCCAGUAAUUAUGCUUCACUACAUUCAAGUUAUGAUGGCACUUCCUUUUCCAAUAGUUAUAUGCCACAUCCGUCCAGCAGUAAUAUGCCAUAUCCGUCUAGCAGUAAUAUGUCACCUCCAUCCAGUAGUAAUAUGCCACUUUCGUCCAGCAGUAAUAUGCUACUUCAAUCCAGCAGUAAUAUGCCUUCACCGUCCAGUAGUAAUAUGCCACCAUUCAGCAGUAAUAUGCCACCUCCGCCAGGCAGUUAUAUGCCACUACCGUCCAGCAGUUAUAUGUCAUCGUCCAGCAGUAAUAUGCCUCCACCGACCAGAAGUAACAUACCACCGUUCAGCAGUAUUAUGCCACUUCCGUCCAGUAGUUAUAUGCAACUACCGUCCAGCAGUAAUAUGCCGCCAUCUAUUAGUAAUAAGCCACCACCAUCCAGCAGUAGUUUGUCACCGUCCAGCAGUACUAUGCCAUCGCAGUCCAGUAAUACCAUGCCACAAACGUCCAGCAGUAAUAUGCCAACUACGUCUAGCAGUUAUAUGCCACCACCGUCUAGCAGUAAUAUGCCAACAUCCAGUAGUAAUAUGCCAACACCCAAUAGUAAUAUGCCACCACUGUCCAGCAGUAAUAUGCCACCGACCAGCAGUACUGUGCCAUCACAGUCAAGCAUUAAUAUGUCACCACCGUCCAGCAGUAAUGUGCAAUCAAGUUCUGCACCAACUGCAUCAACAACAAUAAUAUCAUCAACCACAACAACAAAAACUACAACAAUGACACAUACAACAACACCAACAUCAUCAACACCACCAACAACAACAACAACAUCAACGACACAAUCGAUACCUACAACAACAACAACGACAACGCCAGUCGCCCAGCUUGUUGUGUUAAACUUUGAUUCUGGAGCAGUUGUGCCCUUCCAAAGAGUUAUCUCCAUUGUCAUCACCAUAGCAACAGUUGGAAUUCUUAAAUAUGUGCUGUAAAUUGGAAUGGUUUCAGUUAACAUACGAUGUGCACAUUCCUUCAUAAAUAAAUGCUACAUCGUAUAUUAUCCACAUAACUGCACAUUUAACAUUAAUAGUGAACAGAGUCAACAACUAAUGUCCUUUGUUUGUUAAAGUUCAAUAACAUUAUCGGUACCAAAUUUUCUGCACCAGAUGCGUAAUUCGACAAUAAAUGUGUCUUCAGUAAUAUUAGAGGCCAACAUAUUUGAAAAUCCAAACCUUGAAAAAGAAGAGCUCAAAUACAAAAAAAGGACAAAAAGUAUAGCGAAACCUGGGAAAGGAAUCAUAGCUUUGCAUGAGGAAGAUAUAUUCAUUAAUUUAAAAUAGUUUCGACUUAUAAACAUUCACAAGAUGACGAAGAAUUUAAUAUAAAUUCGGAAUAAUUCUACAUUUUAUUUACUGCACUUCUUAAUUAUUUAUAUUCACUUUACAUCUAUUUCGACAAUGGCUUUAUACAAUGUAACUAAAAUAAAUAACAAGUUCAACUACAUGCCAUUUAAUAGUUUGACGAAAUGUAAUAAAUAAGCACACGACCUUCCUAUUAGGCAAACAUAACGUUUAAAAUGUGCAACCAAGUGAGCAAACGGAUCACUAAUUAAAACCAAGGGACAGAUAUGACAUUGAUUGACUUGUAUGAUCAUGCGUAAAACAUUUGAAGGGAAUUAUGAAAAUUGAAGUCACUUAUUUCAAAUAAAAUUUCAUGUCUGA